AUGCCCCCGCGUGGGUGCGAGCCCACGUCGACGACGAGGUGGGACCCCGAACACGUGACCGCCGCGAUAGAGCGCUCCAUCUUACACGUCGGUGAGUUCGUAGUGAACGAACAUCGUCGACACGAGGCGUACGUGCGCGUGGAGGGUGUUCCGCACGACGUGAAGCUCGAUGGGUUCGCGCGACACGGACGAAGCGUGCACGGUGACCGGGCGUGCGUGCUCGUCGAUCCGUACGAGCAGUGGGAGCGGUUGAGAGUGGAUUCGGGAGAGAUAGAGGCAAGUUCGAACGAAGGACGGACGUUGGAGGAGCUCGCGGCGGCGUGUCGUCUUGGAUGGCGACCGACAGGGAUCGUCGUGGCGACGGCGGAGCCGUCCGCGCGGAGAAAGCGCAUGGUAGGACGGUUGGAAAGGGACGGCGACGGCGGGGUGCUGGCGUUCGUACCCGUGGAUGGACGGCUACCGAAAGGGCGGAUUUCCCAGUACAGUGUGCCGAGAUCGAUCGAACGCGCAUUGGCGGAGGGUGAGAGGUUGGACGAUGUCUUCGUGAGCGUUCGGUUGAGAAAAUGGAGCGAACACGAGCGUAUGCCGAUGGUCGAUAUCAUCGACAUCAUCGGCCAAGGAGCGAUCGACAAUGACAUUGCGUUGAUGACAAAGGUAAUCGUCGACGAGCACCGCAUCGUGAGCGAAGAUUUCAGCGCACAGGCGGAGGCGUGCUUACCAAAAGUGCAGCCUCGCGAGCACUGGAAAAUUCCGGCCGAGGAAAUGAAAAAGAGGAAAGACUUUCGAGAGAAGCUGGUCUUCAGCAUAGACCCACCUACCGCUCGAGACUUGGACGAUGCACUGAGCGUGGAGGUCAUGCCCGAGGGAACACUGCGCGUGGGUGUGCACAUCGCAGACGUGUCGCACUUUGUGCUUCCAGAUACGGCACUCGAUGAAGAGGCGCGCCAAAGGGCCACAACAACAUAUCUGGUGCACACCAUUUUCCCGAUGCUUCCGAGACUAUUGUGCGAAAAUUUGUGUUCUCUCAAUCCCGGGGUCGAGCGUUUGUCGUUUUCAGUGGAGUGGGUGAUGACGCGUGAAGGAAUGGUGAAGAGGGUGUCCUUCACGCGCGGAGUGAUCAAGAGCGCGGCAAAGCUGUCGUACAUUCACGUCCAAAACGUGAUCGACGCGGGGUCAGACACCACGAAGGCAAAAGAUGCGCUUCAGGACAUCGACUUGUCGGGAAACCACACGCUGGACGACGUGAUUGAGAGCAUUUCAAUUCUCAACUCAACCGCGAAGGCAAUGCGAAAGCGACGAUUCGAGGCGGGUGCGGUUCGGCUGGAUCAGCCAAAGAUCGGAUUCGAGCUCAACGACGAUCUCGAGCCAGUGAACGCCGAACCGUACGUCAUUCGUGACAGCAAUCGUCUCGUCGAAGAGUUCAUGCUGCUCGCGAACAUGUACGUGGCACAGUAUAUCGCCACCAUUUUCCCGUCGCACGCCAUGCUGCGUUGUCAUCCGCCGCCAAACGAGCGCAAACUGGAAGAGCUGUACACGUUUGCGAAGGAGCACGACAUCGACAUUGAUGUAUCAUCCUCUAGACGGCUUCAUCAGAGCUUGAGCGCCAUCGCAAAUGGAUCGCGGGACGUCUUCAAUAUCGUCCAACUACUCGCCACGAAACCUAUGCAGUUGGCCAAGUACUUCUGCACAGGAACCAUUGAUGAAGAACACUGGCACCACUAUGCACUCGCAGCGCCGUUCUACACGCACUUCACGUCACCGAUCAGACGAUAUCCGGACAUUAUCGUCCAUCGCCUGCUCGCCGCGGCGAUCGAGCAUGACAGGGAUGACAGCGAGUCUGUCGUCGUCGCAGAGCUCGUUGAGCGACACGGACUACUGCCACCGGAAGUGUGCAGCGGCGUCGCAAACCAUUGUAACGACCGAAAGCUGGCGGCAAAAUAUGCACAAGAACGAAGUCAGCACCUAUUCCUGUGCAAGUACUUGCAAAAGAACCAUCUCGUCGCGCGAGCAAUCGUUCGGCAACUUGGCGUGCAGUACGUGAUCGCGUACUUGCCUAGCUAUGGUUUCGAGAUUAAGAUUUACCUCGAAAAGCAACGUCAUGUCGUGGUGAAACAGAGCGGUUUUAGUGAAGGCGCACCGCACUCGCAGACGAAGGAGGUACACAUCAAACUUGACGUCCGCAAAGAAUGCGAAGACGCCGCGAAGAUCGCGGCUGAUGCCGCCUCGCUCGAGCGCCUCGAUCGCGCCGAAUACAAGAGCGUGCUCAAGCACGCCAGAGGUUUGCGUGGCAGAUGCUUGAACACCACUGAAGAGCAAGAAACGGCGUUAGACGACGAUCAAGACAUGCUCGAGUUGCCAAAAACGAUCAAAGCGCUCGAUAAGAUUACUGUGUUACUUUGCGUCAGGAGAGAUAGUCCCACAAAGUUUGAGAUUUUCGGAUUGGCGCUGAUAAAAAAUCCGUUCUUUCUCUCGUAG